AGCUGGUAUGAUAGUUCGACGGAAGCGCUAUGGUCUCGUGCUGUGCCUGCUGCCCCUCCUGCUCAUCGCUCUCUUCCUCAGUCUGCCUGUCCGCCCGGGAACCGGCCCCGUGCGUUACCUGGGGACACCACUGGCCCGAGACAACAUCACCAACAACAACAAAGAUAUUAACAACAACGAUUACAACAUUAGCGAUUACAACGCCAUCAACAACUAUGACAUAUCUACCGACAUAUGGUUUUACAAUGUGUUUAACACGGCGGAUAGAAACAAAGGAUAUCGGAAGUUAAAUUCUAUUGCCAAUAUCACGACAACCACAGAAUCUCUUCGCAACUCCCAUUCUACAUCCGGUUUCGCUGUGCGCAUUCGUUCCCAUUCGCACAUCGUCAUCAUCAUUUCGUACAUGCGCAGUGGGUCAACACUGACAGGCGACAUUAUGCAGCACUUUCCCGGCACGUUCUAUGUCUUCGAACCCUUUCACGCCAUGGAAAUCAGAACGAAGCAGAAUAAACACCUUGUCUACCUUAAUGGGACAAAGAGAUCGCUGACAAACGCCACGUUCUCGGACCGUAUGGCACUGCAGGAAGAACUACACAAGUGGCUGGAGUGUCGCCUCGAGGAGCUUGAUGUGAACUCUCUCGCUGACAGCUUCCACCAGUACUACAGCGCCACAAUGAGCAAGUUCUCCGCCUGCUGGCAAGCCAAGCAUCGUAUCGUGCGCAGCCUCCAGGAGUGCCUUCCGGUCGCCAAGGAGCUCUGCGAGCGCGCCCACUUCCGCUUGUUCAAGUUUAUACGUCUGCCGAUGGAUGUUAUAGAGUCCGUGUUCGAGAGCUAUCCGAAUUUGCAGGUUAUCCAUUUGCUGAGAGAUCCGCGCGCUGUUCUGAGAUCUCAGGUCAAGGUCAAUGCGUUCACGCUGGAGGAAAUCCCACCAAAAGCGCGUGCGCAUUGCGCGCGCAUAUCGACUGACCUGUCGAGCACUAUCCGGUUAUACAAUAAAUAUCCGACGCGGACGCGCCUUCUGCUGUACGAAAGACUAGCCGAAAAUCCAUUAGACACAUCGAGGAAAAUGUUCACGUUUAUAGGGAAACCGCAUGAUGUAACCAUUUUAGAUUACGUGUAUAAUAUGACGCAAGCGGGCCAUCGGAGCGUUGGCUUAGACUUUGGCGUCCUACAAGUUAACUCGACUCGCACGGCAUAUUUAUGGCGCGACGAGCUAAGCUACCACACAAUCCAGAGGAUUGACUCUUACUGCAAGGGAGUGUACAGUUACCUUGGUUACCAAGUAUUCCGGUCCGAGCGGGAGUCACGGGACCACAAUUUUCCUACGCUGCUUUCGCCGAACAUUUCGUUGAUACUGUGACAUAAGUCGACACCUUUAUGACCUUAAUUUAACGCUACAAAGAACGUUUGACAUGUUUUCACACAUUCUGAUUAUGAUCAUAAUUCAGCCUGACUGUACAAUAUGAGCCUCGCCCUUGACAAAGGGGCCUUAAUGAUUGUGCGUAAAGUGUAGUCCCAGAUUAGCCUGUGCAGUCCGCACAGGCUAAUCUGGAACGACCCUUUGCGCUUUUUUGGUAUUUUUCGUAUAAAGGAAGUUUCUUCUUAGCGGAAUUCCAGUUAAAGCGGGCGGUUUCGUCGACGAAAUUACAUAGACUCUCUGGAUUUUAAGACAAAAAUUCUGACGUGGAGGGUUUUUAUUUAACAGUUAAAUAUUUUUUGAGCAUCGAACGAUUCCAAAACGUAUUUUUGAUUUUGUGCUUGUCAUGCAUACUUGAGAGCUUCAAUAGAAAUAAAAUUAUUGUAAUCGCUUCGACAUUCGAUUUCGUAAAUCGUGUUUAUGGUGUCAAAGCUAAAGCAUUCGAUGCAAUCGUUUGAAAAGUGGGAUUUAAAAUCAAAAUAGAUAAACGGAUGGAAUAACAGAAAAUGGAAUUACAAAUCUGUGUUAUUUUAUUAUUAUU